CAGUUUGAUGAAUAUGAGACACAUUGCACAUGAAAUUCAAGAAGGGCAAUUAUACCGAGUGUAGCAUUUACAAAAUUCAUAAUAAAGUUGAUUGAAAUUAUAACUUUUUUUUAUGGAUUUUUACAGAAAUAAGAAAGAUAAAUUUUAUAGUUGCCUAAUUUUAGAUUUUUCCUUUUAACUAAAGAGUAUAAUAGGCCUACAUGAUUUAUGUUAAAUAAAAAAUGGGUCAACAAUGAGUCAGAGGGUUUUUUCGUAAUUAUGUGUGGGUGGGUUUGUUUUGUAAUUUAGCCAAAGUUCAGGGGAGUUUCGUAAUUUACACUUUAAAAAAAAUGGUGGAAAAAAUGCGGAAUUAAAAAAACUAUAUAUAACAGAAAGAAUGUGGUGCAAUGGGAAAAGGAUCGCAGUUUGUUAGGUUUGGGCGGGAUAGUUGAAUUGAACUUCCAAAAAAUAACCGCACAAUUUCACUUCGAGAUCGCGUGAAAAUGGCGGAAAACGUCGAGCAACGAGGAGAACAGUGCGUCCGAACUGAAAAGGAGCUGCCGAUUGCCUUCGGAAACUUCACCAGCAAGGAGAAUUGGGACUUUUUCUACGCCGCAAGAGGCGCCGGUAAUUUCUCCGAGUGGUACGCCGAUUGGCCCCAACUCCGGACCUUACUCAGGAACCAUCUCUCGUUUCCGCCGUCGGCGCCGCCGCCGGAGGAGCUGAGUAUUUUGGUGCCGGCUUGCGGGAAUUCCAGGCUGUCGGAGCAUCUGUACGACGACGGAUUCAGGAAUAUAACAAAUGUGGAUUUCUCGAGGGAGGUCAUUUCCGCCAUGAUGAAGAGGAAUUUGAGAGAACGGCCGGGGAUGAGGUGGCGCGUGAUGGACAUGACUGAUAUGCAGUUUGCAAGUGGGACUGUUGAUGCCAUCAUCGAUAAGGGAGGACUGGAUGCUCUAAUGGAACCUAACAUUGACCCCAGAUUAGGAACAAUAUAUUUAUCUGAGGCUAAAAGAUUGUUAAAAGCUGGAGGAAAAUAUAUCUGUCUCACCUUGGCAGAAUCUCAUGUAGUAGGUCUACUUUUUCGAAAGUUUCGAUUUGGAUGGAAAGUCAAUCUUUAUGCCGUUGCUCAAGAACCAUCUUCAGGAACAACCAAACAACGGGCUUUUAUGUUGGUCGCAGAGAAGUUUAUUUUAACUGUUAUUUCUCAGAUAUCAUUCAUGGAUGAAUGUUCUGUAGAAUCCCAUGGUAAUCAGGUUCGAGAACUAUUUGAAGCACUUGAUAGAGAAAAUACUGUCCGUGAAGAAUACUCUAAUGGCACUGAUACAUGGCUCUCGCUUAAUGACCUGAACCAAGGGGUACAAGGAAACAUUGGGGUGCUUGAACCUGGUCGCGCUGUAAAUCUUUUUUUAGGUGAAACUGGAGUAUCGCGUUUCUUCUAUAGUGGUUUACUGCUUGAUGCUCAUCCAUUGCCAAUAUCUUUCUCCGAUCAAUAUCAUGUGAUAUUCCUUCACAGCAUGCAAAUGUUCCACAAUCUCCUCGUAUCAACUACCCGACCAUGGCGCCUUGUUGGAGGCCAAAAUACUGCUCGGCUGUUGAUAGUUGUACUGGAUGCCAACCAUAAUGUUUUAGCGAAUGAAAUAGAGAAUGAUAUAUUUCGUUUAAUCAAACAAUUGGCCCCAGGGGAUGACAUUGAAAACGCUAACGUUGGAGUUACGCAUGCAGAUUUACGGUAUAAGCAGAAGAAAACUUUGUAUAAGGUUACAUCUACCUUGACUGGUCCGAUUGCUGUAGAGGACGUGAUCUAUUUCAAUACACUGGGUGAUAUUCCUAAUACAUAUGAUAAAUCUAAGGAUUUCACAUUCCGUCGCCUUCGUUUUGGAAGAACUGAAGUUUUUGCGCAAUCUGAAGCUCUUUUAUCCACACAAGUUCAGAAUAAGAAAGUACAGGCGAAGAAAGGAAAACUGAGGAUGGUUGAAUCGCAGCCAUCUGAUUCUCAAGAAGCAUCGAGUGGUGAUAUGAAAGUCGAUCACAAAUAUGUGAGAAGUGGAUUAACCAAGGGGAUGAUUUCUGGAUUACUGUUGUUUUCUAUACAUUCAAAAAGAACUACCUCAGCUGGUAGAUUGGUCAAAACAGUAAUCAUCGGUCUUGGAGCAGGACUACUUCCUAUGUGUAUGAGAAAUUACGUACCGACUUUAAAGAUUGAGGUCGUUGAGUCAGAUCCUGUCGUUCUGAAUGUUGCUAAAGAGUAUUUUGGUUUUGAAGAAGAUGAUGGCUUAAAGGUACAUAUUACUGAUGCAAUGAAGUUUGUCAAAGAGAGAGCAAAUUCUGAUGGAGAAGGGAAAAACUCUUCCAAAAUUGACGUACUUAUAAUCGAAGUGGACUCAUCAGACUCAAGUUCUGGUUUAAUUAGUCCAGAGGCAGAAUUCGUUGAGGAACCUUUUCUGUUGGCAGCAAAAGACUCACUUUCUGAUAAAGGUUUAUUGAUCGUUAAGUUUGUCACAUGCUAUACUGGUGUGAGGGCUGCAGUGUAUUCAAAUUUCGAAAAGGUAUUUAGCAACCUCUUUUGCUUGCACACUGAUAAAGGUUUCAAUGAAUUAAUUUUCGCCCUGAAGAAGGACUCUCCAUUCAUUGGAGAGGAAGAACUCGCUCAAGCUUGUGAAGCACUUCGAAGAUCAUUAGAGCAUAACAAUGGGGAUUGGGUCAAACAAGCCUUAGUUGACUCGAAAAAGAUCGAGCCAUUAAGAAAAUCAUGAUGAAGAGAGCAAUUUUUUUUUGAAUUUCUUGGUGAUGAAUAAUGGAAACAGAUAUUCAAAUCUUCUUGGUAAGAUAGAUACAAAUGCAUGCAGGUGGUGUAUAGAGAUCUUACUUGUUGUUUACAAGUUGUAUAUACUGUACAGUUUAGUGAUUUUGAGCCAGAUACUAUUGAUAUAAUGAAUUUGCACAUAUUAUACCAUUUUUAAUGUGUUCUGCUGUGUGAAUAUACUCAUCUUAGUGUGUGUGUGUGUGUGGAUUAUAUGUAUGGGCGAUGGGCCUAUGUGAGCAAUAAUUAACUUGGAGGGGAUCUAUGUAAGAUAUGUAUAUGGUAAGGGGUAUUAAGAUAAUGUAUUAAUGACUAAAGGGUCUCUAAGAAAAAUGUAUUGAAGUUUUGCAGUUAUAAAUAUUAUUUAUUUUGCAAAACCCUUUCAAAUAUAAAUAUAAGUACAUAGUCAUUUGAUUUCACUAGAACGAAUGAGCAACUAAUUCACAUCGGAUUUUAUUUUUCGUUUAUUUAUGUGUUAGUUGAGAUCUUCAAGCGGCCGUUGAGCCUAUGUGACAACGACGUAAGCAAUGUCAAAUACAUCUACCGACAAAUCAAUUGAUGUUUCAAGUGUUCUACAAGAAGUAGAAACAGGCACUAUCUCUGCAAUCUUUCUUAUAGCCGAUGAAAUCUUGUUAGCUUCGAUUGCCGUUUUCGCAUCGCUAAAAUGCAGCAUUGGCCGAGUUAUAAUAAUCGCGACAAUUUACAUAUAAACUUGUUUUAAGUGAAUUUGGUCAAUCGACAUGGUC